AUCAUAUCAUUUGGCGGGACACUUUCAGCAGAGCGCAUCUCUCUCUCUCUCUCUCUCUGGUCUAGGGCACUGUAAUUCCCAACUUCCGCGAUCGGAGCUCCUCCUUCUCUGCAACCAAAUCCAUGGAGGAAGCUGAAACCUCUACUCGCCGUUCCAAGAGGACGAGGGCUCAGACACAGGCCGCCGCCGCCGCCGCCGCCGUCACGGGAGCGGAGAAUCGCGAGAAAGCUGUCGACGAGGCCGGUCGCAGUCCCGAGAGGGAGGAAUCUCCCGGCGACUUUCAAGAGCUCCAUCCUCAGCCCAAGCGGAACCGGACUGCGGAACCCGCCGACCCGAAAGCUAACCAGAGCUUAAUUGAGGUUAUCAAAGGCAAUGGCAGACAUAUACCUCAAGUGGUUAAGCUUUGGGUUGAGAGAUAUGAAAAGAAUCCUAAACCUGCAAUGGUUGAAAUUCUAACCAUGUUAUUUGAGGCUUGUGGUGCUCAAUACUAUCUUAAGGAAGAGUUUCUUGAUGAGACUGAUGUGGAUGAUGUGGUGGUUGCUCUUGUCUCUCUAGCUAAGCAGGGGGAAGUUGAAGAUUACCAAAACUCAAAAAGAAAGGAGUUUAAAAACUUCCAAGAUAAUUUGCUCACCUUUUGGAACAAUCUGGUUAGCGAGUGUCAAAAUGGCCCUCUGUUUGAUCAAGUCUUGUUUGACAAGUGCAUGGACUAUAUCAUUGCCCUGUCAUGCACUCCUCCACGAGUUUACCGUCAAGUUGCCUCCUUGAUGGGCCUCCAACUUGUGACAUCCUUUAUUACUGUUGCCAAAGCACUUGGUGCACAAAGAGAAACUACUCAGAGGCAGUUAAAUGCUGAAAAGAAGAAACGAACUGACGGUCCUCGUUUGGAGUCACUGAAUAAAAGAUUAUCAGCAACUCACGAAAAGAUAACAAUGAUAGAGGAGAUGAUGCGCAAAAUUUUCACUGGCUUAUUUGUGCACCGCUAUCGAGACAUUGAUCCCAAUAUUCGGAUGUCAUGCAUAGAAUCGCUCGGUGUAUGGAUUUUGUUGUAUCCAUCACUGUUCUUACAGGAUUUGUAUUUGAAGUAUCUUGGAUGGACUCUGAAUGAUAAGAAUGCCGGGGUCAGGAAAGCAUCUGUAAUUGCUUUGCAAAAUCUGUAUGAGGUGGAUGAUAACGUGCCAACUCUGGGCUUAUUUACUGAAAGAUUUUCCAAUCGGAUGAUUGAGCUUGCUGAUGACAUUGACGUAUCUGUGGCUGUAUGUGGCAUAGGACUUCUGAAACAGUUGUUAAGGCAUCAGUUGUUGCCCGACGAUGACUUGGGUCCUUUGUAUGAUCUGCUCAUUGAUGAACCGCCAGAAAUCAGACAUGCAAUAGGAGCAUUAGUUUAUGAUCACCUUAUUGCUCAAAAAUUUAAUUCCCAAUCAGGAUCCAAAGGCAGUGACGACACAUCUGAGGUCCAUCUUGGCAGAAUGUUACAAAUACUGAGGGAGUUUUCAACUGAUCCAAUUCUAAUUAUCUAUGUCAUCGACGAUGUCUGGGAGUACAUGAAAGCCAUGAAGGACUGGAAGUGUAUCAUCUCCAUGCUGCUGGAUGAGAAUCCAGUGAUUGAGCUAAGUGAUGAGGAUGGGACGAACCUAGUGCGGCUUCUUUCUGCUUCUGUUAAGAAAGCUGUGGGGGAGAGGAUUGUUCCAGCUACUGACAAUCGGAAGCAAUAUUACAAUAAAGCACAUAAGGAAUCAUUUGAAAACAACCGAAGGGACAUAACCGUUGCUAUGAUGAAGAGCUAUCCCCAGCUCCUGCGGAAGUUUAUGGCUGACAAGGCAAAAAUACCAUCUCUUAUUGAAAUUAUAGUUCACAUGAAACUGGAGCUCUAUUCUUUGAAGAGACAGGAGCAGAGCUUCAAAUCCAUUCUUAAACUUGUUAAAGAGGCUUUUUUCAAGCAUGGUGAGAAGGAUGCAUUGAGGUCUUGUGUCAAGGCAAUGAAUUACUGCUCUGCUGAAAGUCAAGGGGAGCUGCAAGAUUUUGCACGUAAUCAGUUAAAAGAACUAGAAGAUGAACUUAUUGCAAAGGUCAAAUCUGCAAUAAAAGAAGUAGAGGAUGGUGAUGACGAGUACUCUCUUUUGGUAAACUUGAAAAGGCUUUAUGAGCUUCAGCUAUCGAGGGCUGUAUCUGUUGGAAGCCUAUAUGAAGAUUUUGUGAGGAUCCUUAGGAGUCUCAGAAGUAGUAAUGCUGAGGUUGUCAGUCUUUUGCUUCUGAACAUGUAUUUGCAUAUGGCAUGGUCUCUACAUUCGAUCGUGAGUAGUGAAACUGUGUCUAGAGAUUCGGUGACCUCUCUGUUACGCACGCGUAAUGUCUUGUUUGAGCAGCUGGAAUACUUCUUGAACACUCCAUCGGCAGAUGGGGAGGUAGGCAAACUAGGAAAUCAGCUGGCUUGCCGAGUAUGCACCAUACUUGCAGAAUCAUGGUUCCUCUUCAGGAAGACCAAUUUUUCUUCAACAAACUUGGAAAAUUUAGGAUACUCUCCAGAUGCUUCCCUUUGUCAGAAGUUUUGGAAACUUUGUGAACAGCAGCUUGACAUUACAGAUGAGACAGAAGAUGAAGAUGUGGAUAAUGAAUAUGUGGAGGAGACAAAUAGAGAUGCAGUCAUAAUUGCUGCAGCAAAAUUGGUAGCAAGUGAUACAGUGUCCAAGGAUGAUCUUGGUUCAGAUAUAAUUUCUCAUUAUGUCAUGCACGGGACGGGUGUAGCCGAAAUUAUCAAACAUCUGAUAACUGUUUUGAGGAAAAAAGAUGAUGAUCUCUCUACAACAUUCCUUGAGGCACUGAAAAAGGCUUUUCAGCGGCAUAUGCGGGAACUUUCCAGAGGUAGUGAUGAAUCAGUCACGGGGAAGUCUUUGCAAGAAUGUAGGGAUCUUGCUGUUCGGCUUUCUAGUAUGUUUGUUGGUGCAGCGAGGAACAAGCACAGACCGGAAAUAUUAAAAAUUGUCAAGGAUGGUAUUGAAUAUGCAUUUCUGGAUGCUCCCAAGUAUCUGUCUUUCUUGGAGUAUUCUGUGCUCCACUUCGUAUCUAAACUUCCUGCACCUGAUAUCAUGGAUGUUAUUAAGGAUGUACAGAAUAGGACUGAGGGUGUGAACACGGAAGAAAAUCCCAGUGGAUGGCGGCCAUAUCACAUUUUCCUUGAGAUCCUACAUGAGAAGUAUGCAAAGAAUGAAGGCCUUCCAGAGGAGAAGGAAGGGGUCUCUGCGAGGCGCCGAGGUCGUCCUCGUAAGCAGCGUAAUGUACAGGGUAAGAGGCUGUUUGAUGGGCACAGUUCAGGUGAGGAAGAGGAUUCAAUUGGUUCGUCUGAUCAAGAAGAUGGUCGAGACGAAAAGCAGGACGAAGAUGAAGAUGACGAGGCUCCUCUGAUAAAUGCAAUAAGGUCAUCCUCCAAGCUGAGGUCAUUAAGGGUUUCAAGAGACGAUAGCAGAAGCCAGAGUAGGCUGCGAAAUUCCAGUAGGGUUCCAGAUGAGUCAACAGCAUCUAGAGUAUAAGGAGCCUCCAACUAAAUUAACAGUUGCCACAAGUGCACAUCCGAUGGUCCAGAUGGAUGUACUCACUUUUGGAGUUGGAUGCUGGCCUCUCCACCUUGUAGAUCUUUUCUCAUUUUGUUACUCAAAACCUGCUUCAUUGUGGCUUAGUAAUAGGCUUGAGGCGCGAGAUCUUUCCUCUGGGCUCAAUCUCUUUUUUUCCCUCGGGGAUGCACAUGGUGAUUGUCGUUGCUUAGGAAGCAGAAAGUGAUUGGUGUAAGUAGUUGUUAGGGAAAAUCUUGUAAAUCUCUCAGAUAGUGGAAAAGUACAUGUGUUGUGAUUUUGUUGAUGUGCGAGCCAGUGAGCUUAGCCAA